AUGGAGGGGAAUGGAGGCUGGAGGAUGAAUGGGGAUGAGGAGGGGGUAUGCGGCGACCAUGAAGAGGAGGAGGAGGAGGAGGAGGAGGAGAAGGAGCAGGAGGAGCAGAAGGAGCAGGAGGAGGAGAAGGUGGAGAAGAGAUUGCACGAAGAGAAUGAAGCGUUGAGGAAGCAGAUUAUGAUCAUCUCGGAUGAAAAGCGACUUGUCCCGCAGAAAGACGUUGUCGUCUCGUGGUCACGGAAGAAGUUUGAUCUAGAUGCUGCUAUCAAUCAUUUUGCAGAGCUCGAGGCCGCAGGAAAGAAAAUCGGAAGCAUAUGGGAACACAUCGUGAAGAUGGUGUUGAGGGGAGAGCUCAAUCGGGGAAGAUCGGAGGAGAUGAAGAAAGAAUUGAUCAGUGCGGGAAUUCCGCUCUUUGCUCAGAACAAACAACCCGAACAAGACACCUACGAUAUUGGAAAGUGCACAACACUUUCCAAUAUUAACGGUAUCAGUUUCAGAUUACAUGUUCUCCAGGAGCAAGCUUCAAUGAGAGAUCUGCGAAAGUUUGCAAACAACACGGACAAGCUUGUUCUCUACCCCACUGUCGAGCGUCUUCCUGGGGAGUCCCUAGCGGACAGGAAGAACGAGUACCUGAGAGAGGCGAGGAAGAAGCUGCUGUCAGCCUGCCAUCCUACCCCUCCUAGCAACAAGGAGGUCCUGGAGCUGGCGAUGAAGAUGAAGGCGAAGUCAGAUCAAGAGCGAGGGCUGUACUACCGCAAAGUGGAUGAUCGCGAUGACAACUACAAGCUUGACGACUAUGAGCUCAUGAAACGUUAUCUCUACCAAAAUCUCUUCAAAGAUCGCUCCGGCGAGUAUAACUUCUGA